AUGGUGAGGCGACAAGUCUCGGAAGAACCUCAAGAGCCGAUUUCUAAAGAAGAAUAUGAGCAAGAGUAAGCUUUAAAAUUACAUAAUUUUAAAAAUAAUUAAAUAAAGCAUUACGGAAAUAUGUUUUUUUUUUUCAGAAAAGAACGAAUUCUUCGCAAAGCUGUGCUCUGCGAAACUCAGUUUACCAUUUUGCGCGAGCAGUUGAGAACAGAAAAGCUAAGAAGAGCGAAAGAAUUCAAAGAGGCAGCAGCUGCAGGCAAAUGCCCGGAAUAUCUGGCAGCGAAAGAAGCCGCCGAAGCGGACCGGCGAAGACAAUCAAAUGUGAGACAGAGAUUCAUACAUUCAGUGCUUUUUAACGAAUUGCUGCUUUUUUCAGGUGAAUAAAACAAAAUAUGAGCUAAAAAUGGCACAAAUUUCGGAUGAAUUUGAAGCCGAGAUGGCAAUCAACCGGACGGCUUUCAAUGAUCAAUACGAAUACGCAAAGGGACGAUUCAUCGACUUCUUCCAACAGUUGAUAUCGGAAAAAAAGCGGCGGCGGCAGGAAACGUCGAAGAUCAUGGGUCUUCUGCUCAGUGAGGGAGACGCGAGGAGGAUCCUUCUCUGAUUUCUGAUUCUUGUAGCCAUUCCACCGAUGCCCGAUUCAAUUUCUGCGGCUCCAGUGUUCGAAGAAGUGGCCUACGAAGGCAGAGAGACAAGAAGUCGAAGCAAAUCGAAAAAAGAAGAAGAAGAGCGAAAAGAGGAGGAAAGGAGAAAGAAAGAUGAAAAGAAGGAGAAAAUCAAAAACAAACCCUGA